AAAAUGGCAUCCGGUGGUAAACUAGAUGACAUUGAAGAACAAGAAAUUCAGCAUAUGAUUGAAACACUUCGUGAAAGUCAAUAUGUAGUAUUAACUAAGGAGGAAUUCAACAAGCAUAGGCGACCUCCGCAAUUUUUAGAAAGUACUCCCAAGACGAAUGUUAAUCCGUCUCGGUUACACCGUUUUCAAGAACUACUUUCACGAUCUCAGCCUUUACCCGGUACCGCAAAAUCUUCGUCGCCGGAAAGAGCUAUCAAUCCAAAUAGAAAUGUAACCGGUAUUCCGUAUAACGAAGCCCCUAAAUUACCCAUGUUUUCAGGUGAUGAACCUCCUCAAAAGGGUGACACAACGUUUGAUGUUUGGCGGUUCGAAGUAGCAUGUAUUAUAUCCGACGAAUCUAUUUCAGAGCACAGCAGUUUGUUAGCAAUCCGUCGGUCAUUACGCGGCACUGCGCGACAAAUUCUUAUACCGUUAGGUGAAGCGGCUACUGCUAAUCAUAUUUUAAAGAAACUCGAUACAUUGUUUGGAAAUGUUAGCUCUAAUGAAUCCAUCAUGCAAAAGUUCUACACAGAGACGCAGAAAGAAGGCGAAUCGGUGACUUCAUUUGGGUGUAGAUUAGAUCUUUUACAAAUUGCUAUUGCUAAUGGACAUGUAGGUAUUGCUGCUAAAGAUGAUAUGCUCCGGUCUAAAUUCUGGACAGGUUUACGUAAUGAGGCAUUGAAAAGUCAAACCCGACAUAAAUAUGAUACUGCUCGAUGUUAUGACGAUCUGUUGCGCGAAAUACGGUCUGUGGAUCAGGAAUUAAAUACUAAUGAUAGAAAUAAAUAUGUUAAGAUUCAACCCAAGGUUCAUCAUAAUCCUGUACAAAUUGAAUAG